AUGUGGGCAGGCUUGGGCCCUGCCAUCACACUGGCUGUGGUGUGGGCGGCGGCAUGGGCCACCCAGCUCAAGCCCACAGCGCCACCCAUCUUUACAGGCCGACCCUUUGUGGUAGCAUGGGACGUGCCCACACAAGAUUGUGGCCCUCGCCUCAAGGUGCCACUGGACCUAAAGGCCUUUGAUGUACAGGCCUCACCUAAUGAGGGUUUUGUGAACCAGAACAUCACCAUUUUCUACCAUGACCGGCUGGGCCUGUAUCCCCGCUUCAGUUCAGUGGGGAGGUCAGUGCACGGUGGCGUGCCACAGAAUGGCAGCCUCUGGGCACAUCUGAAGAUGCUGCAGGAACACGUGGAGCACUACAUUCGUACACAGGAGCCUGCAGGGCUGGCAGUUAUCGACUGGGAGGACUGGCGGCCUGUGUGGGUGCGCAACUGGCAGGACAAGGACAUAUACCGUCAAUCAUCACGCCAGUUGGUGGCUGUUCGCCACCCUGACUGGCCAUCAGAUCGUGUAGUCAAGCAGGCGCAAUACGAGUUUGAAUUCGCUGCACGGCAGUUCAUGCUGGAGACACUGCGCUUUGUCAAGGCAGUUCGGCCUCGGCACCUCUGGGGCUUCUACCUCUUCCCAGACUGUUAUAACCAUGAUUAUGUGCAGAACUGGGAGACCUAUACAGGUCGCUGCCCUGACGUUGAGGUCUCCCGAAAUGACCAGCUGGCCUGGCUGUGGGCAGAGAGCACAGCCCUCUUCCCCUCUGUCUACCUGGACGAGACACUUGCGUCCUCCACCCACGGCCGCAACUUUGUCAGCUUCCGUGUUCAGGAGGCCCUUCGUGUGGCUCACACCCACCACCCCAACCACGCACUCCCGGUCUACGUCUUCACGCGACCCACCUAUAGUCGCAAGCUCACGGGGCUUAGUGAGAUGGAUCUCAUCUCCACCAUUGGUGAGAGUGCAGCCCUGGGUGCGGCCGGUGUCAUCCUCUGGGGCGAUGCAGGCUACACCACCAGCACGGAGACCUGCCAGUACCUCAAGGAUUACCUGACGCGGCUGCUGGUCCCCUACGUAGUCAACGUGUCCUGGGCUGCCCAGUAUUGCAGCCGGGCCCAGUGCCAUGGCCACGGGCGCUGUGUGCGUCGCGACCCCAGCGCCAAUACCUUCCUGCACCUCAGUGCCAGCAGCUUCCGCUUGGUGCCUAGCCAUGUACCUGGUGAGCCACAGCUGCGACCAGAGGGGGAGCUCAGCUGGGCUGAUCUCAACCACCUGCAGACGCACUUUCGCUGCCAGUGCUACUUAGGUUGGGGUGGUGAGCAAUGCCAGUGGGACCACACACGGGCAGCUGGGGGUGCCAGUGGGGCCUGGGCUGGGUCCCACCUCACUGGCCCACUGGCUGUGGCAGCCCUGGCCCUCACCUGGACUUUAUAG